CCUGUUUUUGCACAUUCGCCCCGUCAUAAAAUCCUCAGAUCGUAAUCCAAACGUUAUCGUUUUUCACAUUUCUCCCCACCCGCACGUGUCUUCCGAAACAUGGCCUUCUAAACUGAGACAUACACACACUACUUAUACUCUCCUACAAAACCUGGAUUCCAUUUCGCUUUGGCUGGCUUUUGUUCGGAAAGAAUUUAGCAGUUGACGGCUACGCACGACAAACGGUGGUGCAAUGGAAGAUUCCGGUGAUUCUCAUAUGAAGAUAAUUAAUGGCGAAGCUGGUUAUGUGCUUGAAGAUGUGCCUCACUUGACUGAUUACAUUCCCGAUCUCACUACGUAUCCGAAUCCAUUACAAGUUAAUCCUGCCUAUUCAACUGUCAAGCAGUACUUCGUUGAUAUGGAUGAUACUGUUUCACAGAAGGUUGUUGUUCACAAGGAUGGUCCAAGAGGGUUACACUUUCGGCGUGCUGGACCACGCCAAAAUGUUUAUUUUCGGCCUGAUGAUGUUCAUGCAUGUAUCGUAACAUGUGGUGGUCUAUGUCCUGGGCUCAACACGGUGAUCAGGGAGAUUGUUUGUGGCCUUUAUCAUAUGUAUGGUGUUAGAAAUGUUCUUGGGAUUGAUGGAGGCUACAGGGGUUUCUAUUCGAAAAACACAAUUCCUUUGACUCCUAAGUUUGUUAAUGACAUUCAUAAACGGGGUGGUACCAUCCUGGGGACAUCACGAGGUGGCCAUGAUACAUCAAAGAUUGUUGACAGCAUUCAGGAUCGCGGGAUUAAUCAGGUCUACAUAAUUGGAGGUGAUGGAACUCAAAAAGGAGCAGCAGUUAUUUAUGAGGAAAUCCGUCGACGUGGCCUAAAAGUGGCAGUUGCUGGAAUUCCAAAAACAAUUGAUAACGACAUUCCUGUCAUUGACAGGUCCUUUGGUUUUGACACUGCUGUCGAGGAGGCUCAACGUGCAAUAAAUGCAGCUCAUGUUGAGGCUGAAAGCACUGAGAAUGGUAUUGGUGUUGUGAAGUUAAUGGGGCGAUAUUGUGGAUUCAUUUCAAUGUAUGCUACUCUUGCCAGCCGGGAUGUAGAUUGUUGUUUGAUUCCAGAGUCACCAUUCUAUCUAGAAGGGAAAGGUGGCCUUUUUGAAUUCAUUAAAAGACGACUUAAAGAAAAUGGGCAUAUGGUUAUUGUUAUUGCUGAAGGAGCAGGACAAGAUCUUGUUUCAGAGAGUUUGCAAUCCUUGGACCAACAAGAUGCCUCGGGAAAUAGGCUGCUUCAGGAUGUUGGGCUAUGGAUAUCUCAGAGGAUUAAGGCUCAUUUUGCAAAAGAAAAUAAGAUGAACAUCACUCUCAAAUAUAUUGAUCCUACAUACAUGAUCCGUGCAAUUCCAAGCAAUGCCUCUGAUAAUGUCUUCUGCACACUCCUUGCUCAUAGUGCUGUUCAUGGAGCAAUGGCUGGAUUUACAGGCUUCACAGUUGGAUCUGUCAAUGGCCGACACUCUUACAUUCCUUUUAAUAGAAUCACUGAGAAGCAGAACAAGGUUGUGAUUACUGACAGGAUGUGGGCAAGACUUCUGUCUUCAACUGACCAGCCGAGUUUCUUGAGACCCAAAGUUGUAAAUAAACAGGAAAAACCUUCAAUUCAGUUGUUGAAUGACAAUUUAAAAGAUACAAAGCAAUGAUUGGAGACUGUACAAUGAUCCAUACAUGUCAUCUGAGACUGAGAAGCUCGGUCAUGUGUUUCCAAAUUAAAUCAUUUUUGUGAUCAUUGAUCAGUAGAGAGUUCUCUAGUUAGGGGAUACAUCUAGAAUUUUUUCAUACUUUCAGAUUUAUAUAUUACUAGUCUUUUAGACAUGGGGUUGCAUGUUUUAAUUAAUUUAAAAUUUAAAAUUUA